AGGCGCUAUGAGGCGCUUCCCAUCGCUCAGGGCGACCUCGUCCCGCGCUUCUUCCUCGACCAGGCAUUUCCCCUCGCGAAGCGCGACGCAGACUGCGGACAAGGUUAUCACAACUGUCUAGACAUCGGUUUCGGCGACGACUGCUGCAAAAAUGACCAAUACUGCUACGUCAACAAAGACGGCGAUCCAAAAUGCUGCCAGAUCGGGUCCAACUGCGCCAGCGAGAACCUCUGCUCCGCGGACGCCACUCGUAAAUACUUUUGCACACGCACCGUCACCCAGAGCGGGACGGCCGUCCCUCGGGAGGGCUGCUGCGACCGGAAAUGCCCCCAGACGAGCCUCUACCUGUGCCCCAGCGAUCUCGGCGGUAAUUGCUGCGGUUUCGGCUCGGAGUGUAGGCCCGACGGGAAAUGCGCAUCCACAAAACCCGCCUCCCAGACCGGGUUGCUGACACCCGUGCCCUCGGGCUGUACCACGUCACAGUUCAGGUGCGAUGACGGCGCUGGGUGCUGCGACGACGGACAGGUUUGUACACAGGUUAGCGGGGAGGGAUUCUGCGCCGAGGCCAGGCCGACAGGGAGCGAUGUUAGAGUUGUUGACGAGGAUGAAGAUGGAGGUGAUGGAUUAUCCGAUGGUGCUAAAGCUGGAAUUGGUGUUGGCGCGGUUGUAGGAGCGAGUAUUAUUAUCGGCGGACUCACUUGGCUGUGUCUGGCUAAGCGGCGCCGACGCCGGGAGACCACAACCGGAGAAUCGAGGACUGUAGGCGAAGGUGAUGGCGAGGGUACCGGCACCGUGCGGGAUGGCACGACCGACGUAUCCGGAAGUCAAGCUCGGCACGGCUUGACGAGAGACUACUUCGGGCCCGAUGCCGUGGCUGGGCCGUAUACGGACCCGACCAUCAGCCCAACGACGGCUGCUUCGCCGGGCAUGGACCGAGCCGUGCCGAUACAGGCCCACGGGCCCGGCGAUAUUGCGGCGCCGGUUGAGAUUGAUUCAACGGCCAGAGAAGGCAGUGGCUUCUUAUCACCAAUGAGUAGCCCGAGUGCCGGACAUACACCCGGUUCAGAGACCAUUGAUGGACGCUUUGAGUUAUACGGCAACGACCAGCAAAUAUCGCCAGCCCGUUCAUUAUCAAUCGUCCCAACACCACGGCAAACU